AUGGAGAUUCUUCAAAAGUUUGAAAGUGAUUCGAGGCAACAAGUCAAUGUGGCGAAAUCCUCUGUAUUUUUUAGUUCAACAGAGAUUAGAAAGAGAAUAUAUGUCUGUCAGGCACUUGGUAUGCAGGAAGCAAAUGCUCAGAUUACAUAUUUAGGAUUGCCCAACACGAUUGGAAGAAAUAAAGGGGUAAUCCUUGGCUUUUUGAAGGAGAGGAGAAGAAAGAGAGUUCAGAGCUGGGAUGGGAAGUUGUUAUCUUGGGCGGGUAAGGAGAUUCUUAUUAAAACAGUAGUACAAUCCCUUCCAAGCUAUGCUACGAUUGUUUUCUUGUUACCUCCGGAAGUAUGUAGAGAUAUGGAAAAAAGUUAUGAGUAA